UCAAGAGGUCUCUCUGUUCGUUUGCUUUGUUUUGCCUACAGAAUUAUGGACAGAUUGAUUUGUCAUGGCACGACUUCGAUUUGUUUCUGAAUUAACUUUUUGGAGGAAUAUUUCCGAGAGUGAUAGCAGGCGUUGUUAAUUAUGUCUCUCCACAAAGUGUCGGACACUUCGCUGACCUCCCCAUCAACAUCUGAGGCCAAACAGGCAAAACUGUAUGUAGGCAAGGAGGCAAAAGUGCUUCCGGAGCUGAAGGAGAAAAAAUCCAUGGUGAACCACCUCAAACCCCUCCCUCCUUCCUCUCAGAAUGAAUUCAGAAUCCCCGAUGAAGUUCUUCUCUCUCUGAACAAUGCAGCCAACGCCGGUCCCUGUCCUGAAAACUUAUUGCCUACAAAGAAACAUAAAGCCCCAAAGGGUGCCCUUCCACGUCUUGUAGAUCAUGUCUGGCAACACCCUAUUCGGAGGAAUAAAUUCAAAUACCUGAUUGAUCAUCCUGUCACCCUAUCAGGAGCUGGAAGGGAUAUUUCUUUCCUGUAUGAUGUUAAAUACGAAAAAGGAGAGAGAAGGGAGAACAAACUUUGCCCCCCAAAGUCAACACAGUCACAGAACGGUGCCAUGGUGCCUCACAAGGUAAGUACAUUAGCAGACACUUUGGUUCCUGAAGAAUUUCAUAUUGUGUCAAAUACAGGAGUUUCGGGUUUGGAGUGCUAUGAUGACAAAUACACCACCCUCCUCACAGACAGCGAGAAUAGGCUGUUGCUCUUCCCGUCCAUGAAACCUAACAAGAGAGUAGAAGUGGUCCAGCUGAGCGACGUGAUGGACACCAUGCUGGAAAGGGCUGGAGCGGAAAAUGAGGAUUACGUAGGGCCAACCAAGAUGCACCACCUGCUGAACGUGUUGAAGAGGGAGCAGAGCAUUUACAACACAGUGUUUCAUGAGCUGAUUCGACAGGUCAGCGUGGACUGCGCGGACAGAGGAGAGCUACUGUCAAGAAUCAGAGAGAAGUAUGUGCAAAUGCUUGACCAUAUUGCCCGGCAGAUGAUUGACUUUUACAAAGACCUGGUGACUCAGCGGAUGAUGGACCAGCGCAUCUUACAAGAACUGUAUAACUUCAAGAAUGUGAUCGAGGAACUGACCAGGGAACUUUGUCUGGUUCGGGCCCAUGACAAGAAAUUAACAAAGGAAGUGGAGAAAGUCCAGAAGGACCUGGCAGAAGCCCUUUUGGAAGCGGAGAAGAAUGCCAAAAUAGUAGAAGACUACCAUGACUUAUACACAAUGCAGAGAGGAAGGAUGGAGAGUGAUAUUAAACUCUUAAUGACAGAAAGAGACAUUUGGAGCUCAGCCACAUAUGAACUGGCCCUGAAGGUAAUUGAAAGAAAUAGAGUCAUAAUGGCUAAAAAACUCUACCUCAGUGAAAAAGGCUGGAAUAAAUAUGCCAAGCACUUCAUCAUAAUGCUGUCCACUAAGGACACUGGAGACCUUGGAAUGGUGGAGAAGUUGACAGAGAAGUGGAAAAAGUUAGUGAACAAAUUUAAGCACGACGUGGAACGCACAGAGGAAUCUACAAGAGAAAAAUCACGAACUGUGAAGGAUGGGCUCAUCAAAUGGCAGCAAUUCUUCAAUAGUAACAUUGGGAAAGAUAUUUUAAUCCCUAACAAGAAAAGCCCGUUCAGUGUGGUCCUUAACGACUUCAAGGAGUUUCAAAAGACGCUGGACGUGGAGAAAGAAAAGUUUACAGGGGAUUUUCUGUUGUCUAGAUAUGACUCUCUCAAAAUGAUUAAACGAUUACAGGAAAACUGGAUGGACAUUGGGUUUGGGAUACUUAGUCGCCAUAAAAAUAUGGAUGGGUUGUUGCCCCCAGAGCACGAGUACAUGGAGGAAAUGGUAAAAAACAUAAACAAAUUCUACAGAGAAUAUGAAAUAAGAAUAAACGGUGAUCAUGGUGUAUCUAAAAUUCUUCCAAACUUGCUUAUUUCUGUAGACACAUGUAUUUUCAAGUUAGAAAACUUCCUAGAUUGUUCUAAAGUGCCCAUUAAUGAGUGGUUUGAAAUUAAUGAAAAGAUUAACGAAAUGAAGCUUCAGCUGGAAGCUCUGGUAAACUUUAUUGGCUCGGUCCCACAGGACAUAGACACGGACAUGGACUCUGGCGAGAUACUCCAAGUACACAUAUUUGAAAUGAUUCAACAAUGGAUUUUGAAGUUAGACAACGAAAUUGCCAAUGGUCAAAUUGAACUUCUUCGCCACAUGGAUGAAUUGCAUAUAGCUAUGAUCCAGUGGAUGGUAAAUUUGCUGACCGUAAUGCUUCCUGAUUUUACUGAGAAAAUCACUCUCCCAAAGAUGAAGGGGGACAAGUUAGAGUUUGCCGAGAAAGAGGAACGUGAAAUAGGAAUCGCAGAAUUAGAGAUAAACGCAGUUUCACUGGCCAAGCGGUUGGCACGAUACUCCAGCCACUUGCACAGCUGCUGCAUAGGCAUGGUAAGAGCAAUGGCCCUGAGUAGAGCUGCUCACUUACAGAAGAAUCCUGCUAAGGACCGCCAGGAACUGGAUAGGAUGAAUAGAGAAUGUUACGAUUGGAUCAGCACAUGCUCAUACCUCAUUUCUGACAUCAAAGGCAGGAGAGUACGACUACUGUCAUAUGAGGAAGCAGAGAAGCUGCUCGGGGAAGAGGAAGCCACAAAAAUUUAUUUUGACCCAGAAAAACCUCCUCUUGGUGAUGAUACUGAUGAUGAAAUUGACUUUAAGAAGUCUAAGAUUCAAGAAAAGAAAGCACCACCACCACCACCUGAAGCAGCAGCAGAAGCAACAGAAGCAGCAGAAGCAGGAGAAGCAGGAGAAGCAGGAGAAGCAGGAGAAGCAGGAGAAGCAGAAGCAGGAGAAGCAGGAGAAGCAGGAGAAGCAGAAGCAGGAGAAGCAGGAGAAGCAGAAGCAGGAGAAGCAACAGAAGCAGCAGAAGCAACAGAAGCAGCAGAAGCAACAAAAGCAGAGGUUACAACAGAACAGGAACCUUCGACAUCUACAAACGUGAAAACCAUUCGAUACAUUAAGAAAGAUGAAAAUAUUCAUAGCAAACCUCUGAUUGAAGAAGGCAUAUUUUUAACCUGGAGAGAAUCAGCUAAGCAAGGUGUAUUGGAGCCAAAGUAUCUUGAAAUAAUGCAUGUACUUGAACAUAUGCAGGACAAGCUAAUACAGAUGGAUGCCAGGACCAGAGAGGCAGAGGAGAAGUUUGAUGAGGUGAACGAGGAGCUUCAUCACACCAUCAUGAAAAACAGAGAUCUGGAGAAGGAGCUAGAAGAGCUGACAAAGAAAACCAUAAAGGAGUCGCACGUAAAGAUAGACAUCCCCAAGGAGGAGAGCCCGGAUAUCAGGGUAGAGAAUGAAGGAGAUGAGCACAAACAAACAAAAAAGCCCCCAAAAUCCACAAAGAAAGAAGGACAGUCGGUGGACAGUUCUGAAACUUCUGGAAGUCGGACUAAAUCUAAGACCAAACCCAAAUAG